AUAAUUAAAAAUGCAAGCCAUCGUAAGCGAAUCAUUGUCCAAUGAUGUUGAAAUGACCAGACAAGCUAAAAGAUUUAAGAAAGGAUGAUUAGAGAAUAAUGAGUAUGUCCCCAUUACUCAUAAGAUUCCAUUCACCAGGCUCAAGCUCCAGUUCCCAAAUCUAAACGAAGAGAGUCUUCAGACCCUCCUGAAAGACUGUGACAAUGACAUGAUGAAAGCUAUCAGAAACUUGAAUAAAGGAAAGAAGAGUAGUUAUAACUGUAAUCCAUUCUCAAACCAAGAGAACAAGUCUUCAAACAUUGAUUUCUCUCCUUCCUCAAUCAAGAGAAAGAGAAGGUUCAAUGAAAUCAGUAAUUCAUCCAAUGAGUCAAGCAAAGACCUAAGUCAUAUGAGCGAUGAAGAAGAGAAGAGUCCGACUAUUGAUAACCCUGAAGAGGUAAACCGAGCCAUUGAAGGUAUCUCCUAUGCGCUUUUUGAUAAACUCAAGAGUGCAUCGACUGAAGAAACCGCAUUAAAUCUUAUUAAAGAAGGCCUAGGUUCCUUCAAAGAGGUUGUAGCUUCUUCCCGAAAGAGCCCUAGAUCUUCUAAAGGAAAAGAUUUUGAGAAAGAAAGAAAAGCUAUUUCCGAAGCUAUCAAGAAACUGAUCACUGAUAAUGUGACUCUCAAGAAGGGAAUCAAUAUACUUGUCAAGAAGAAUGAAGAGAAUUGCCAAAAAGUCUCUCAGUUUGAUAACCUUGUCAAAGAGUAUCAGAAACUUCAAGCUGAAAACCAGGAUCUCAGGAGAGGAGUCGAUAUCCUCAAAUACAAGAAUAGCUCAGAGAAGUGUGAUGAAGGAAUGUUUAACAACUUUAAUCACUUCGGAGGCGCAGGCGGCUCAGGAGUAUUCUAA